CCUAAUUCUCCUUCAGCAGCAGCCAUUGUCAACGAUGUCGAAGAGAGGACGCGGAGGUUCAGCGGGCAAUAAGUUCCGUAUGUCGCUGGGUUUGCCGGUGGCAGCUACGGUAAACUGCGCCGACAACACUGGUGCCAAGAACCUUUACAUUAUCUCUGUGAAGGGCAUUAAGGGUCGCCUUAACCGACUGCCGUCGGCAUGUGUCGGUGAUAUGGUUAUGGCCACAGUGAAGAAGGGAAAGCCUGAGUUGAGGAAGAAGGUUUUGCCUGCUGUCAUCGUGAGGCAGCGGAAGCCGUGGAGGAGAAAGGACGGCGUUUAUAUGUAUUUCGAAGACAAUGCGGGUGUCAUCGUGAACCCAAAAGGAGAGAUGAAAGGCUCUGCGAUUACGGGUCCAAUUGGCAAGGAGUGUGCAGACCUAUGGCCUAGGAUUGCAAGUGCUGCUAAUGCUAUCGUUUAGGAGUGCCGACCUUAUUUUUAUUUUUCGCGUAGAAACACUUGGCUGUCGUUGUUUGUUAUCCUUUGUGCGCUUUGAACCCAAUUUUUGUUUUUCAAGUAUGAGAUUUGUUUUUCAAGAAUGAAAGUUUUGUUGCAACAUUGGGUUUCCCUCGGCAAAUUAAGCAUGUAGUUUCUUCUGUA